AUGGUGUCUCUCUCUCUCCUGGCUCUUGCCCUCACCGCCGCCGCGGCUGCCAUGCCCAGAGCCCCCUCUGGCAAGGCCCCGGUCCCCAACUCCCUCUACGUCAACGGCAAGCUAAAAAGCAGCUCGUCGGCGGUAUCAAGCUCGACCCCCGACCUUUCUUGCAGCCCCAACGACGACGUGCUGCAAUGCGCUAAAAAGGUUGCCAAGGGGAUCCAGGCCAACACCGGCGUGCAGUUGGGCAACAAUUCUAUCUCGAGUCUUCCUGUCCCUAUCCAGUACAAGGUCGGCAUCUACGGUGCCGCGAUCGAUAUCGCCUGGAGCAGCACCUUGUUCAACUGCUCCGUUAGGCCCGAGGUAGUAAGCCAAGGCGAGGGCUACUUUUGCAACUCUGAUAAAUGCGUGCAGCAGUUCACGUUCAAGAGGUCCAAGACCGACACCUUUAGCCAGGGCUACUCCAUCAGCGCCACGGUUAAUACCGGCCUGCAGGUCGAUAUCUUUUCGGCCUCUGCCUCGAUUACAUCGACAUUUAACCAGAACUGGAGCAACUCCGUCACAACCGAGACGACAAUCCAGCGCACUAUUGAGAUGAAAGCCGGCCAGGUGUGCUUCCCGUCCACGGUGCAGCUGCGCAUGGACUGCCAGCAGACCCUCGCCCUGCGACCGGGCCGCAACACGGCCGACUUCGAAUUCUGGAGGGUGACGGCAAACAUGGCCCCCAACUUGGUCAGAGUCCCAGAUAUCUGCAAGAUCUGGGCGCCAUCCUUCCCUGUCCCGCUCGAGCCCCCCUCCAUCAUUGGCGACGCGGUGGGCAAGCUCUGCGCCGCCACCAAGCCGACCAAUGUCACGCUCUACGUGACCGCUCCUGGCGGCUCCCCCUGGUCAAUGGAGGGAUGCAUGCGUUCCUAG